AGACUUGGGCUCCUCAAUCCUUCGUUUAUGGAUUUGGUGGACAGAAUGUCCUGUAUCCAGCUAAAGAAAGGAUUUCUCCUAUCGAACACCCAGUGAUGAGAGUCGAAUACCCCAAGAACUCGAUCAAUCCACUCUCAGGAAGAGUCGGAGGUGUUGGAUGGUUCACACACGAUGAUACACCCAACAUGGAGCUGUACUUUCAAUACGAUGUGAUGUUUGAGAAAGGGUUCCAGUGGGUCAAAGGCGGAAAGUUGCCAGGCAUCUACGGUGGUCGCACCGAGUGUUCAGGUGGCAGUGCAGCUUUGGAUUGCUUUUCCAUCCGACUCAUGUGGAGAAAGGAUGGUGAUGGCGAGGCGUACUUAUAUGUUCCCAAAAGUGAACAAGAUGACAGUAUCUCCACCAUUCCUCCGAAAACCGAGAUCAAUCAAAAGUAUGGCAUAUCGGCAGGCAGAGGAGCGUUUAAGUUUACAGACGGUCAAUGGGACACUGUAGGGAUGUAUGUCAAAUUGAACGACAUUGGUCAGCGUAACGGAGUCUUCAAAAUUUGGAUAAAUCAGAAGCUUGCCAUUCAAUUUGACAAAGUUGUUUGGAGAACCAAGGACAUCUCUAUUGAUGGCGUACAAUUUGAAACCUUCUUUGGUGGUAGUCGCCCUGGUUUCGAGGCUGCCGAGCAAUCAUUCACGUACUUUAGAAACGUCUUCUAUGACCAAACCCCUCCAUCUUCCCUCUUAUAGCAAUAACGAAUAACCCUCCAUGUAAUCAAAGUUACUCUUGCCCAUUUUUUGUUAUUAAUACUGUUGUAACAACGAGAAAAAAAAAUCUUUGUACAGUGGUGCGAAAAUAUUUACGAAAGAUUGGUCAUAUUUCCGCCGUAUC